CUGAGAUCGCCCUAGCAGGAUGCUCGCUCUCACCUCAUCGUCGCUCUCUUUUGCUCCGGCUGUCGCGCCCCGCGCGGCCGUGAGCGGCCCGGUCAUGUCGGCCAAGGCCGACCUGGAGGCCUUCGCGAAGGAGUGCAACCCAGUGGUGGGGUACUGGGACCCGCUUGGCCUGGCGGAUCUGCCGCUCUGGGGCCAGGACCAGGACGCCGUUAUCGGCUGGCUGCGCCACUCCGAGAUUAAGCACGGCCGCAUCGCGAUGGCCGGCUUCGUCGGCUACAUUGCGCACGCGAACGGCUUCCGCUUUGGCGGCAUCGGCCCACAGAAUGUGGUGCCGGAGGGCGCGUCGGCGCCGGAGGUGUGGGACUCGAUCCCCUUCCUUGCGAAGCUCCAGAUCAUCGGCGCGAUCGGCGUCCUCGAGCACAUCUCCGAGGACAAGAACUUCCUCGCCGCCGACGGCAUGAAGCACUACAUGCGCGGCGGCAAGCCCGGCUACUUCCCCACCUUUUCUGCCAACGUGCACCCGAUGCCACUCAACCUCUUUGACCCGUUCAAGUGGAGCAAGAACGCGUCGCCCGAGAAGAAGGCAAAGGGGCUCGUCACCGAGACCAACAACGGCCGCCUCGCGAUGCUGGGCCUCUUCGGCUUCCUCUCCGAGUCGAAGAUCCCGGGCUCCGUCCCCGCCCUCUCGGGCAUCAUCCCCAGCUACGACGGCGACUACAUGCAGCCCUUCCUGCCGACGGGCCCCGACACGAGCCUCUGGACCAUCGGCAACCUCUGGGCCAACUAGAGCGGCGCGCAGCCGCUCUCCAGAGCGCGGGAAAGGCUGCGGACCCCGGUUCCGAGCGCUCUUGUGCAGCGCGCGCACUUGCCCCGAGGCGGCCGCCGCUCUGCCCCUGCGUGGUCGUUGUGCUUGGUCCGCUGCGCCGAGAUAGUCACGAGUACAAAAUUCAUUCACCUCUCUUC